AUGGAAUCUAUCCAUAAUUACUCUUUUGGAAAUGUUGUUUUUGAAAUAGCAAAAUUUGCUGGAAAGGCGACAUUGACAACAGUAGCAGGUGCAUCUGUUGUCGCCACGGGAGGAUUGGCCGCUCCUCUCAUAGGUAUUAGUGUUUACGCGGGUGGAAAAAUUGUAAAGGAAAUCUCUAAAGACUGUCAUAAUAAGAUUUUAGAAAAUGUAGGAGAUAUAAUUGAAGAUAUUGGUAUUGAUGGUAUCACCAGUGGGCUAUUCAGUUUAGGAACAAAGGUUUUUUGUUAUCAUGCAGUUCAAGAAGUUACUAGUCAUGGUCAAGAAAUGAUUGAUGAUGUAAAAGUUAUGAUCAAUACUGGUGAAGCAAUACAAGUUGGAAGUGAAGUAUAUGACGUUUAUGAAGAAAAUAAGGACGAAAUCGAAUGUCUAUUCACAUAUUAUCAUGAUACUCACAAAAUAAAGACCAGCUUCGAUGAUAAAUGUCCGAUUUGCAUAGACU